AUGGCGUCGGCUAUGAUCAUUUUCCUUUUCUGUUCCUGUGGGCUAUGGUUGAAUGUUGACGCAAAGGCGAAGAGAGCCCUUAAAUGCGAGCCGUUAACUAUUGAUCUUUGUAAAGGCAUUGGUUACAAUAUGACUACGAUGCCGAACCAUAUGGGUCAUGACACGCAAUGGGAAGCACAGCAAAAAAUUGGCGAAUUUAGACCCAUUAUGGAAGUUGGUUGCGCUACUCAUGUUCGACUAUUUAUAUGUUCAACGUUCGCUCCUUUAUGCAACACCGAUGUGAGUUAUCCCGUCUACGCUUGUCGCUCGCUGUGUGAAGAGUCUAAACGAGGUUGUUUGGAUCUGCUGAAGAAAUUUGGCUAUGGUUGGCCAGAGAAAUUUAAAUGUAGUGGCUUUCCUAGUCUAGGUAAGGGAACGAUAUGUAUUAAUACCCCAAAGGGCGAUGGAAAGGACGAUGGAAAGGACACUACAAAACCCGGCAUACGGACUACCCUGAAACCAAGACAUGUUAACACCAAAACCCAAGGAAACGUAGACUUACAAGGAGCAGUGAACACCAGCAUAAUUCCACAACGUAAGCUGCCGAAAUGUUUGAACACCAAGAAAUUUGUCCAUGUCGAGCAGAAGGACGUUUGUGCGGCGAGAUGCGGCGAGGAUAUCUUAUUUAAUAAAACUCACAAGAAAUUCGCGGACGUGUGGUUACUGAUUUGGUCGACAAUUUGUUUCGUAUCAACCAUGGUUACCGUAUUCACUUAUUUGAUCGAUAGAACUCGUUUCAAAUAUCCGGAAAGGCCUAUUAUUUACUUAGCUUUUUGCUACAAUCUAUAUUCAGCCGCCUAUUUGAUCCGUUUUAUUGCAAAACCAGAAGGGAUCUCGUGCAGUGGUGAUGGGGACUAUUUAAUAAUAGACGGGUUAAACACUGCCGGCUGUUCUAUCGUUUUUAUCCUCCUUUACUUCUUUGGUAUGGCGUCCUCGUUAUGGUGGGUUAUUUUGACCCUAACAUGGUUUCUCUCGGCGGCCUUAAAAUGGAGUCAGGAAGCUAUCGCUAAUAAAUCGACGUAUUUUCAUGCAGUCGCCUGGGUUAUUCCAGCUAUACAAACAAUUGUCGCGUUAUCCACUCGGAAAGUUGAUGCGGACGAGUUGACGGGUUUGUGUUAUGUUGGUAACCAAAACGUUGAGACGUUGGCUGGGUUUGUGUUAGCGCCGCUUUGCAUAUAUUUGGUGAUUGGUACAACGUUCCUAUUGGCUGGUUUUAUAUCAUUGUUUCGCAUUCGAUCCGUUUUGAAAGACCGCGAUACGAACACGAGAAAAUUGGAAAAAUUAAUGGUACGAAUUGGCGUCUUCUCUGUUCUAUAUACGCUACCUGCAACGGCGGUGAUAGCUUGUUUUGUCUAUGAGUACUCGAACAUGGAGUCCUGGCAGCAAGAGGUGAAACGUAAUUGUGUUAAUGUGGCGACAGACGAGUGUAAUUUAGCCUCGCGACCUAAAGAAGAGAUCUAUAUGGUGCGAUAUUUUAUGACUCUGAUCGUUGGCAUAACGUCUGGCAUGUGGGUAUGGUCUUCAAAAACUUGUCAAUCGUGGCAAAUGUGUUAUUACAGAAACUUUACUCAUAAAUACCCACAACGACAGCCUAUCAAACAGCAACCUUUGUUGGUACAAAUGUCUGUUGAUAAGCCUACAACGACCCAAACUCGCCCCAUGCCUGGAUACUCCGAACAUUGCGCUUCAUCAGAACUAUCACAUCCUCUGACAAACGUAAGUUGUCCUCCCAAUGAAAAUGGCCAUUACCUAAAUGCAAAAGCGCCCGUGUAG